UAUUGGGCAUUUUAAAUAGAAAUAUUUGAAAAAAGAAGUUGCUUUUACAUUCAUAUUCGAUGCUUCUUCUUCACUGCAUUUGCGGACACUGUAUUUUUCUCUCGGUUAUUUUUCUCGUCGGACUCCCCUCUUUAAUAUAGUUUUCGUUUCUCAAAAGGUUUCUAAUUCAUCUCUCUUUUUUUUUUCUUUUUAAUGAUUUUGUUUGUCGAAGGAUGUUUCUUGAAGAUUCAUGUAAUGGGUCGAAAGAAAAAUCAACGAAUUCGUAUCAGUAUAUAUUGAUUGAUCUUUUUUUUAGUAUAUAUUUACUGGGUUUGAUUUCUUAUGUGUGUUGAUUCUCUUCCUUUGUAUGUUAUUGCAUACACAUACUCACACGUGUUUGUGCGUGUGUGUGUGUGUUAGAACGUGUGUCUACUGUCUUGUAGCUUUUCUUUCUAUCUUACUUAUGUGAAGUCUUCACUCUGCUUGUUUUGCUGUGUGCGCAAAUUCAACUGUUUGCAUAUAUUUCUUUGCACUUUCAACUGCGUGCUAAGUGUUUGUGCAUAUGUCUGUGUGAAAAAAAGCUGUAUUUAAGCUUUAAGCUUUAAGCUAACUCUCAUACAUGAUUCUUGUUUUGCAAUCUGUUUGUACUGAAAUUCAGAGGUUUAUUAUGUUAUGUUUGUACUAAAAUCUAACUUCGAUUUUUUUUUUUUUUUUUAAUUCAUAUUGAUUAAUCAAGGGAGUAUAUAUUAUAUAUCUCUCGGUUCCAAUUUACGAUGAAUUCUACAUCUGCUCGGUUUGUUCCAUCGAAACGAAUGGGAAUAUGUGAGCCGAUGCAUCAAAUGGCAAUGUGGGAUUUCAAAGGAAACAAUUUCCUCGAAACAUCUCCACCGUCGAUGUUUGAGAUCGAAACUAAUCUAGACAACCUGUCGGAAGAUACUUCUCAUGGCACCGUUGGACCUUCCAGUAAGUAUGAUCAAGAAGCAAGUAAAUCGGAUGAUAAGGUACGCAGACGCCUGGCACAGAACCGCGAGGCUGCUCGUAAAAGUCGUCUUAGAAAAAAGGCAUAUGUACAACAAUUAGAAAGUAGUAAAUUGAGACUAAUUCAGUUAGAACAAGAGCUUCACCGAACCAGACUACAACAGGGUCAAUACGUAGGUGGCGGUAUUGAUACUAGUCAGCUUGGUUACUCCGAAACAACGAACCCAGGUAUAGCUACGUUCGAAAUGGAGUACGGACAAUGGGUGGAAGAACAAAAUAGACAAAUAUCCGAGUUGAGGAGUGCUUUGAAUUCCGAUAUGGGGGAUAUGGAGCUUCAUAUUUUCGUUGAUUGUGGAAUGAGGCAUUAUUCCGAUCUCUUCACUAUGAAAGCUACCGCCGCAAAAGCCGACGUAUUCCACAUCAUAUCGGGCAUGUGGAAAACAUCCGCCGAACGUUUUUUCUUGUGGAUUGCGGGCUUUCGCCCUUCGGAACUUCUAAAGCAGAUUCUGAUGCCAAAUCUAGAGCCACUGACAGAACAACAACGUCUGGACGUUUCGAAUCUCAGACAAUCUUGUCAGCAAGCGGAAGAUGCUUUAUCGCAGGGAAUGGAGAAACUCCAUUACAUUCUAGCGGAAACCAUCGCCGAAGGCCAACUCGGUGAAGGAAACUACCUUCAUCAAAUUGGUUCUACCAUAGAUAAAUUCGAAGCUCUAGCUCGAUUUGUGGUUCAGGCGGAUCAUCUUCGGCAAGAAACUCUGCAGCAGAUAUAUAGAAUACUUAGCACACGACAAGCGGCACAAGGCCUACUUGCUAUGGGGGAGUAUUUGCAACGUCUUCGCACUUUAAGUUCGUGCUGGUCUUCACGCCCGACUGAACAAACCUAGGAUGUAAUAAUCUCAGUUUCACCGGGGAAAAAAAAAAGAAAAAAAGAUCAGCCUUGUACCCAUUUUUGAGCUGUUUCUUGGACUUAGUAUUUGUAAAUUAGAUCAGAUAGAUAUAUUUAAGAGCCACUCUAGAAAGGAUACUCUGUUUUUUUUUUUUUUUUUCUUUAGGCUGAUUUGUGUAUUUAAUUGUUUUCUGAGGUAUCUAUAUUAAUAUUACUGUGUUUUGUAAAUUUUCACUGUCUCAAUGUGUAAAAUUAGCAGCUUGUUAUUCA